AUGACUCAGCACUCGAGCGCAAUGGUGAAGGAGAUGAAUUCUAAAGAACUGGAGAAGAAGGUCUGCAACGGGUCUUUGUCUUUCCGGGAGGAGAAGACCAAGAGAGUUAUGUACAAAGAGUGCAGGAAAAACCAUGCUGCUAAUAUUGGUAGAUAUGCUGUGGAUGGUUGUCACGAAUUUAUGCCCGCCGGGGAAGAAGGAACAAGUGCGGCUUUCCAAUGUGCUGCUUGCACUUGCCACCGGAAUUUCCACAGGAAGGAGGUUGAGAAUGAGUACUACUGUGAUUGUUCUUCCAUAUAUCUAGAUUUUGGAUCUAGGGUUUUGAAAAUGUAA